AAAAUGUGACCCAUUUAUAGCACGAGGCAUCACAGUCAGGAACACAGCUGGAGCAGUGCAACAACAGGCCGUGGCACUAAGAGUGGGCUCUGACCUCUCAGUGUUCUAUCAAUGCAGUUUUGAAGCGUACCAAGACACACUAUAUGUCCACUCUUUGCGGCAAUUCUUUAGAGAAUGCGAUAUUUAUGGAACUGUAGACUUUAUUUUUGGAAAUUCUGCUGUUGUUUUCCAAAACUGCAACAUUUAUGCUCGUAGUCCUCCUAACAAGACCAACACCCUAACUGCACAAGGCAGAACAGACCCUAACCAAAACACCGGAAUUUCAAUCCACAAUUGCAAGGUCACCGCUGCUUCGGAUUUGGUACCAGUGCAGAGCACAGUCAACACAUACCUUGGUCGGCCAUGGAAGAUGUACUCGCGCACAGUCUUUAUGAAUACUUUUCUCGAUUCGUUGAUUAACCCAGCAGGAUGGAUGCCUUGGACUGGAAAUUUUGCUCUUAGUACUCUGUACUAUGGGGAGUACAUGAACACUGGUCCUGGCUCGUCCACCGCUGGCCGGGUGAAGUGGCCUGGCUAUCAUGUCAUUACUAGCGCGACUGUGGCUUCUCAAUUCACAGUGGGCAGCUUCAUCUCUGGAAACUCGUGGUUGCCAACAACCAAAGUGCCGUUCACGCCCGGCCUUUGAUUUACGUCUGCAUGCAUGGAUGACUUCUCCAUGGCAACGCAUUUAUUUUCUUUCAACAAAAUAAAGGUCACAAAAAAUAGAAGAAAAUGUGGUGCUAAUAUAUGGUAAUUGUUAAUAACUAUUGUUGUAUCAUUUUCUCUAAUUUUUUAUUUUUAAUUUCAUUAUUUUCUUAUUGAGUUGUUUUUGUUUCUGUAAUUACUUUUUUAUAGAAGAAAAUGUGGAGCAUGUUUUUGUUUCUUAUGAUAA